AUCAUCCCAAUCACCUACAUCAUCAUCGACAGCUACAAUUCAUCAAUCAUCAUCAUCAAAUAUGAAUAAAUAUGAGCUUGAAAAUUCUGUAUCCGAAUUGUUUCGUUUGUUUAAUGUUUCAGAAGCUAAAAAUUUUAAUCGUGAAACAAUCGCCGAACGUUUUGAAAAAGGUCUCAAUCGGCAAUCAUCAAAACCGUUUUCCAUAUUCUAUAAUCGUUUAAGUGAUAAUCCAAAAUUUGUUGAACAAUAUAAUCCAUUGAAAUGCCAAAACUCCAGAGAAGUUGAUCCAUUCGUUAGAUUUAUGGUUCGAGUUCGUGAAGAUAAAAAUAUGAGCAACUUUAUGAACAAUUACAAUGAUAUCGUACAGAGCAAGAGUAAAUUCUGUCCAAAUUCGACGACAAAAAAUAACCAAAUUUCUACACAGAUUUAUCGUCGAACGAAUCAAACAUCACCACGUGUGUCAAGGCCAUCAUCAGCCACAUCUGCUUUGUUGAAUAUGGUCAAUCAACAAGAUUUUAAUCCACUCAAAUAUCAAAUGUCCGCUGCUGAACAUUCGAAUAAUAUAGUCAAAUCAAAAACACUUGGAGCAAGAUCAAUAGAGGCAAAAAGUCCACUACGAUCAUUACAAACACCGAAAGGUGGUCAUAAUCCAAGUCUUUUGGCAUCACCAAUGAUCACUAAUGUUGAUAGUGGACAAAACGGUCAAGAUGAUACAAAUGAUAUAUCAUUUAAAUCACAGACGUCAACGACAGUUUUGAAUUCGAAGAAAACCAUUUCAAAUCAUCAACAUAAUCAUAAUCAAAGUCGCAAGAUACCGCCAUAUUUAUCUCGAGAUUUUCAUCCAUGUGAUUGGCCUAAAGAGAAUGAUUGUUUCAAUACACUCGGAACGUAUCCGGUACAAGAACAAGAACAGCUUUUACUCAGGGAUCUCCUUUUUGUUCUAAUUGGUAUCGAGGGCCGUUUCAUUCGUCUUCUACGGUCACAAGAUUCAAGCCAUUAUAAGUUAAUACUUGAUCCUAGUACGGAUCAUUUUUUCGCCGUAACUACGCAAAGAAUUCUUAAAAUCUGUUAUCAUUAUUCGACUAUUAUUAGUUUUGUUGAAUCUCGUGUAUAUGGUCUGGUCAAUCAGGCAUUAGUAGCUAGUAUUCAUCAACAUCUUUAUGAUUAUAAUAUGACCAUAUGUCAGAUGGAAGAUUCUUUGAUGAAAAAUGACCUAUUCCUACAGAAAAUGUUUUUCAUUUUACUUCCUUAUUUUUCAACAUUUGCCCUAUUGAAAGAAAUUUGUGCCAAACUUUAUAAAAACAAAAGUGUCGGUGGUGCUGUUCUCACUUUGUUACAUGAAAAAACUAAAUCCAUACAAGGAAUGGAUAAUAAUGCUCUUGAGCUUUGUCUAAUGCUCACUAAAUCAGCUGCCAUACCUUAUUUUGAUAUAAUGAAAACAUGGAUCUACUAUGGAGAGAUUGGUGAUCCACGUAAAGAAUUUUUUAUUGAAGAUACACAUAGCCAUCAAAGUGUCGGUGUGAUGGGUGGUGGUACUUACUACGCUGGAACAUCUGGCAACAGCCAUCAAAAUGGCCGAUCGGCAACUGAUGGUUUGAAUAAUAGCAGCAGUAUUCAAUCACAGAAUCAAUCACAUCAUCAUAAUGAUACGGAUCUUGUCGAAUCUGAUGACGAAUAUGAUGAUGAUUUUGGCAAAUUUAAUGAUAAAUAUUGGGAUGUUCGUUAUCGUAUAAAUUCCUCAAAAACACCAUGUUUUCUUCGUAAAUACGAACAAGUCAUUUAUAAAACUGGUAAAUAUGUAUCGAUCAUCAAUAAGGUAAAACAACUGUUCCUGAAAUCUUCUAAAGUCAUUCCGAUACCUCAAUCGAUAUUCCAACAACAAAAUCAACAACAACAGCAUCAAAUGCAUAAUCUAGGUGCAACAACGACGGUAGGCAGCAGUGUUCUUCAAAGUGAUGCUGCAUCAUCGUUUGUUCCAAAACAUUAUGGAUCGAAUGCCGUUAUGAAUACGAUUGGAGGAGGAAAUAGUCCGUUCAUGUUCAUGAAUAAUCCUAAUGCUAAUAAUAAUUAUUAUGGUCAUCACCAACAUCAUUCGACCAACCCAAUGAUGACUGAUAAUACAUCUUUUGCAUAUUCGAUGGCUUCAUCAUCUUCAUCGAAUGCAUCAAAUCAUUCGGGUGGUGGUGGUGGUGCACCCGCACAACCUGCCAGUACAAUGGCCGCCAUUUUUACUCCGAAACCAGAAGAGAUUUAUUAUUCAUUCGAUGAAUCCACUUAUUUAGCACCGAUACAAUCAGCUUAUGAAGAAGCCAGUUCCCAACUAUUGCAUAUCCUUGUUCAUGAAUCUCAAUUGGUCGAAACAUUCAAUGCUGUGCGGCAUUAUAUGCUUCUAUCAAUGGGUGAUUUUAUUGUACAUUUUAUGAAAUUCGCCUCUAAAGAUCUUUGUAAACGUACGGAUUCUGUGGUUCAACAUCGUUUAGAUUCAAUGAUGGGUAUGGCAUUAGGUAUAUCGGUUUGUCAUUCCGAUAGACAAUAUCUAAAAGAUGAUCCACAUGUUGAAUUUGUUGGAAAAUCGUUUCUAAAACAAAUCUAUCAGAUUAUGAAACCAUUUGCAACUCAAGAGGAUAAUUCUUUUAAUACAUCAUUCGCAAAUGAUCCUUCGCCUUCAUCAUCGUAUCUACUUCGAUGUGAUGAAGAUGCCGAAGAUGAUGAUGAUGAUGUUGCUCUUAAUCGUUCAAUUAUAAGUUCUGUAAUUGAAGAUCAAGAAUUCAACGCGAACGACGAUUCAAUUGAUUCAAUUAUUCGCCGACCACCAAGAUAUUUGAACAACAAAAAUAAUUCACCCAAUUCCAAAUCAAUGGAUAACAAGUCUAACACUUCGACGUUGAAAAAAAAGUCCAUUGUUAUGAACGAAAUGAAUGCUUGUGAAUCAUCAAAAUUAUUUUGUUACGAAUCAUUAAUGCUCAAAUUCGAUGUACCAUUCCCAUUAUCAUUGAUUUUCACGCAGAAAUCUGUCGUUUGCUAUGAAUUACUUUUCCGUUAUAUUUUCCUAUGUCGUUAUGCUGAAAUGGAACUUGAAGAAACAUGGAAAGAUAAUAUUUUGAAUGUUCAGCUAAAACGUUGUGAUACGCUUACGUUGUUGAAUCAAUUGACCAACAGUAGUGGUAAAACGGAUCAACAACAAGAUCAAACAAAUCAUGCCCGAUUAUUGGCUAAAUCAUUCAAAUCUAUCCAUAAGAAAGCAUUUGCAUUACGUUAUAAAAUGAUUGCUUUUGUUCGAAAUUUUCAUUAUUUCUAUGCAUUCGAAGUAAUCGAUCCAUCAUUUUCACAAUUCAUUAGUCAAAUCACUAAACGUGGCUCAAGUCUUGAUUCGGUGAUUGAAUGUCAUGAAAAAUUUCUUGAACACUGUUUCAGUAGUUGUUUUCUGACAUCAUUGGAGAUUACGACCAUCAUUAUCAAGAUAUUUACACUUUGUAUUGAAUUAUCUCAUUUAUUGAAAGAUUCAAUCGAUGCUGAAGAUCAAUCAACAAUGAUGGAAAGUAGUUGUUUUUUUGGUCAAUCUUUAAAGUCUUCCAAUCAAUCACCCACAAAGCCAACAACAACGUCAAGCAGCAUUAGCAAAAAUCUUGCACGUGAAUUCGAUUCGGCUGCUAAUUCCGAAGUAGAUGAAGAUUUAAUUCAUGAAAAAUUGAAUAAACUUUAUUUUUCUAAUCGAAUAUUUGGCGGUUUAUCAGAUAAUCAUCAAACCAAAGUAGGAGGACAAACUACUACUAAUACUAAUAGAUCGUUUACGAUCAAAGAUAUCAUUGACAAAGCAAACACCGAAUUUGAUUCAUUAGUAAGCCAGCUGUUGAAAAAGAUUUAUUCCGAUAAUUGUGAAUAUCAUAUGAUGUUUCCAUUUGUUGCAAGGUUGGAUUAUAACGAUUUUUAUCGAUUCCAAAUAAUGGAAUUAAAAAACAAUUCAUUUGUGUCAUAAAGGUUUUUCUAUUUAUUUAAACGUCUUAUUCGUGGCCAUAUUUUUAUUGAGAAAAAUUUAUUAUAAUCUUAAAAAGAAUAAAAUUACCGAAAUCUGCGGUAUAACAUGUUUGUUG